AUGAACCAAGUGUAUCGAAUCCUUUCCAAUCGAAUUCUGGUGAUUUAUCACCAGCACCGCAAUUACAGAUUCAUUCCCGAAAAACCUGUCUGGCGCUGGCAUGAUGACAGGAGUCCCUGUACGGAUAGCACAAUUUUCUUCAUUCCCCCUGAAGAAGUCCCUCCAAGAACUGAGUUGGACGAUCUGACUGUCAGGCUCCUCGAACGUCUCAGUUUGAUCAAUUUUGAUUCAGAGAAAACGAAAGGAGUUUUAGAAGAAGCUAUUCACUUUGCGAAUUGCCUUCUAACUCCUACAGCGUUUAGAGGAAUUUCAAAAGAGUCUGUUGCGCCGAUGUACUCCCUGUUGGAGGACCUCGAGGUAGCGAUGGACCUUCGAGAAGAUGAGCCCCUAGAAGAAUGUCAAACUGCCAAUCAUAUCCUAAGGCAUGCUUCGUUAACAUGGGAGAACUAUUUUGUAGCACCCCCAGGAAAUCAGCCAAUCCAUCCCGAACUAUCUACCCAGUCCCAUCUUGGAAAACGACAUGACUGA